AUGGCAAUAGAACCAGCCUUUGAUCGUCUUAACGUGAAUGAUGGUUACUCUCCAUCUUUCUCGUACAAAAUUGAAUCAGAAGGUGAGAUCUUGCUAGAUACUAAAUUCGCUGAAGAGUUACAGUUCCAAGGGGCUCUAAUGGCUUCUUUGAUCAGUUGUCAAAUGGCAAGCAAUGUGUCAUUAUCAACUCCGUCCAGGACACAUAUGGAAGCAAUUUCAGAGCACAAGAUUGAACCAUCACUGCAAGUGCGUGAAAAGGGUGAAUCAUCUUUACGUUCCUGUGACAUUUGCCUGGAAAGGAAAGAAACUGAUCAGAUCGUAAAGAAUGAGAGCUCUGCUUUCUACAUGCCAACGAACUUCAGCAAAAAGGGAACUUCUGAAAGUUGUGCUGGUGAAGUGUUGAGCAAAUGGAAAGGUCUAAACGAUGAGAAGAAGGAUCAUGAGAUUGUUUGGCCUCCUAUGGUUGUUGUUAGGAAUACAGCAAGCCUUAAAAAAGACGAGAACAUUAAGCGGAGUGGCAUAGCAGAUCAGGAACUCCUUGACUUGUUCAGCUCAUAUGAUGCUAUCGAGAAGGUUCAACAAGCAUACAAUUCAGACGGACAUUGUGGUAUGAGUAUGUUGAUUUUUGAGGGAUCAGCUAGAGGCUAUUUAGAGGCAGAGCGCUUGGAUAGACAUUUUUCUGAUCAAGGUACAGGUAGAAAUGUUUGGAAUCGAAGUCCACUCUACCUUCUAUCUAGUUGGGAGCUCCAACUUCACGGUUACAUGGCAGAUAAACAAGACGUGGAUCUCUUCAACGAGUAUUCAACAGGUGAACCCAAGCUGAAGUAUGAAAUCAGAUCAUACCAAGAUAUGGUUGUGAGCCGAAUCAAGCAAAUGAAGGAGGACAAUCACCAGAUUAUCUGGCUGAACAACAGGGUAGCUGACGAACAAAGACAUGGAGAACUUCUUGAAGAAUCGAAUGGCAUAAUGAGGGAGAGCCUGGAAAAGGCAAUGCAGGAGAUUGAUAUUUUGAGAAAGAAAAUUACACUGCAGCAUGAACAGAACAUGGAAGAGGUGAUAGUUGCCAAAUCUAUUUUGACUGAUCCUGACAAUCCUUUUCUUAAGAUGGUUUUUCAAGAACAAAUUUUCAAGGACAACGAAAUAAAGAUUAUUCUUGAAGAAAGAGGUGAAAAGGGAGGGGAUCUUGAGAGCUCCAAGAAAGACGAGGAGCCUGAAAAUGUCCAUGAAUCCAAUGGAAGCCCUUCAAAUAAUCAGGAUGACAAAUACAGAGUGCCGGAAAUUGCCAAGGCCGAAGAGAAUGAAGUGAAAGAAAAGCAAGUAGCUGACACAGGUAAGCUAGUAGAAGAACAAGGAGGGGAAGAUGAACGCAAGAAAGAUGAAAAGGUCAAUCUAGGGAAUCUGCAUAUGAAAGCCCGGCUAUUAAUCACAAGAUUUCUCAGCAUUUUAGGAGAUUAA